GUAUACACUGUAUUCCGUUCAGACUUAACAAUGCUGUACACAAUCAUCCUGCUUCAUGUGUUCCAGAUGCUUCCAGUGCCCAUUUCCAGUGGAGUCUGGGUGCGCCAGUGGCCCACAGAGACCCGCAAACUUGUGGGACGUUCAGUUGAGUUUCACUGCAAAAUCGAAUCUGAUCAAGAACAAGUGCAAGAUUGCAACCCCUUCUGGUACAUCCCAGAUCCUGCAACCUCUAUACCUGUAAAGAACAUCAAGCAUGAAGGGCUAUAUGAAGGCCGCUUCACUAUAGGACACCACGCUGACACCAGCACAUCUCUGAACAUCACCAGCCUACAGAUGAACGACACAAACACAUACUAUUGUAAGAUGAUCUGUAACAUCAACGGAAAGGUGUUCAGAAAAUCUGGCAAUGGCAGCAGCCUGCAUGUUCUGGAAGAAGACUGGGACGAUUAUGGACUGCAAGUGCCCAUUUCCAGUGGAGUCUGGGUGCGCCAGUGGCCCACAGAGACCCGCAAACUUGUGGGACGUUCAGUUGAGUUUCACUGCAAAAUCGAAUCUGAUCAAGAACAAGUGCAAGAUUGCAACCCCUUCUGGUACAUCCCAGAUCCUGCAACCUCUAGACCUGUAAAGAACAUCAAGCAUGAAGGGCUAUAUGAAGGCCGCUUCACUAUAGGACACCACGCUGACACCAGCACGUCUCUGAACAUCACCAGCCUACAGACGAACGACACAAACACAUACUAUUGUAAGAUGAUCUGUAACAUCAACGGAAAGGUGUUCAGAAAAUCUGGCAAUGGCAGCAGCCUGCAUGUUCUGGAAGAAGACCGGGAAGAUUAUGGACUGCAAGACACAGAAGCUCUCGUACAUCUUUUGAUUGCCGUGAAUGUCUUCACUUUGGUUGUUACUACACUGAUUUGCUGUGUGUAUACCCUGAGAAAAGUGCUGCAAAAAACUGACUUGUCAAAUGGAAUGUAAAGCUGCUGCUUAAUUAUCCAAAUUGAAAUAAAC